GACAACACAAGAACAGAAGAACGAGGCUGUAGACUAUUAAGCGACUGCGAGGCAAUGAAGAAAAAGUGUGAGGACGAAACCAAGAAGGAAGAAGAAGGAAUUAAAGAAUGUGGAGUGGCUUGCUGCGAAAGUGAAGGCGACAAACCGUGUAAUGGUGCCAUUACGAUCUUUGUUGUUGACAGAUUAUUGAUGGUAAAUGUGGCAGUCAUUUUCAGCUUAAGAUUGCUAUAAGUACUGCAUCUGAAACUCUUGAUCCAUAUUAUGCUCGAAGCAUUUCUUUUCACACCACGCCUACUAUAGCCUGCCUAGCCGGCGGGAUUAGAAGGAGCCAAGAGAAGAUUGGGAGCAAGUAGGCCCUGCCGCCAAAACGUAACCUCUUGAAAUUACAAUUCUGCCAGCUGGGCAGGCUUCAUCUUCCUGCCUCAUCCCAAGGCUCGUUCCAGCGGAUUCUUAAUUGAGUGCAACUACAGCUUUUCUGGUUUUGUGCAGGGGAUCAUGGGAAAGGCGAAUCCUUCCUUCCCAGCUUCCUUUGCGCCAACGCUUAACACUCCCAUGGUCCAAUGCGCGAUACUCCUUUAUCGCUUGCGGUAGCAUUUUUUUUUUUAUCAAACACUUGAGACCCCCUAGGAACGAGGCAGUAGGCCUUCUGUGACCCUAAGGGUACAGGAAAUAUUGAAUAGCGGCCGAUUGGCUUCAUUUUUUUGCAAUGUUUCGAGAUCUGACAGACAAUCGAGAUAAGAACGCAAAUGUGCACAUAAAUUUAAUUUUAGAUUGCCAAGCAGUCAGUAUAUUAUUUCUCAAAAUCGUUUUUUGUUUUUUCAUUCUCCAUUUUCCUCCCUCGCUCCAGGCCUUUUGUCUAACGCGUCCUUGACCUACGGGCUAUUUUUCUAUACGGUUAAUUUUCACACAGUUUUAAGGCAGUGCUUCUUUAUUACUGAGUGAAGUGUAUCAUGAGCUGAUUGCCCCUAUUAGAAUGCAACCAUAGCCUUUAGUAAAAUCCAGCUAGUGGUCUAUUAUCAAUGCUGCGUUCUGACUGGUUAAGAUACUACUAGGCUAUAUGUUAUAGCCCACUAAUAGCGAAAGGCGUGGGCUUUCUGGUGGAAAAAAGGAUUAAAGUCUAUCUUUAACUAGCUAAAAGUUUUUAUUCUCGAUAUUUUUGACCAACUAGUUGGAUUUUACUAAAACAAUUAUUCCUCUCGCCCUUAUGGCCUCUGAGUCAAGGCCCAUCCGGCCUUCGGCCUCAUGGGUAUUGACUCAGAGCCCCUUCGGGCUUGAGGAAUGUUAAAUAACGCACGAUUUUCGUGAGUUAAUGGCUUUUGAAAUUCAUCCUUAUACAGGAGUUUUAUGAACUGCAAGCUUUCAAGUCAUUUAACUGAUUCAGGCCUCUGUGUACACCAAUUAAAUUUUUUGACUUUUUGAGUUCUUAGAAGUCUUGUUACUGUUGUUGCCAGUUUGUUGCUUUUGAAAGUCCUUUUCUAAGAACUUUCUUUUCAGUUUUUUUUUCCCGAGAACGGCACUCAGUUUGGAGUCAAAAGCAUUAGAAGACUUCCUUUUUUCCUACGUUUGAUAUUUUGCUGCAUAAUGUACCAGCUUAUACGUCUCAUACGUACGUAAGCAUUGCUGGAUUUCAUAUCAUGGAAGACUGGAUAUGAGUUGGUUAUCAUGGAAAUUCAGUACAAGACCCAUAUGUUAAGAAAGACCACAUUGAGACCAGAUUGCCCGCGUUUGGUCGGUUCACCUGGCCAAUACUUGAACAAGAAACAGCCAUUCAAAAACUUGACACUUGCCAAAACGUCUUGGAUUUUUUGGAAUGUCUGUAUAUCCCUUAUUACUAAAAUUCAACUGGUGGUCUAUUAUCAAUGCUGCGUUUUGACUGGUUGAGCUACCACUAGGCUAUAUGUUAUAGCCCACCAGUAGCGAAAGGCGAGGGCUUUUUGGCGGCAAAAAAGGAGCAAAGUCUAGUCUUAACUGGCUAAAAUUUUUUUAUUCUCGAUAUUUUUGACCAACUAGUUGGAUUUAUGGCCUCUGAGUCAAUAGCCCAUUCGGUCUUCGGCCUCAUGGGCUAUUGACUUAGAGCCCAUUCGCGCUCGAGGAAUAAUUGUUAAAUAUUUGCCCUCUUGAUGGUUUCUCAAAAGCGGCGGUUUUUCAAAAGCGGUGCUUGUGCUUUUCCUGAACGCAACAUGUGGGUCUUGUUUUCGCACCCAUUCUCCCGCGGUAUCAAAUUCCAGGCGAGGGCGCUAAGCAAACAAUGAGCGCUUAGCGCCCGCGCCUUACUAACACUUGGCUGUGGUGGCGGUACAUAUGAAAUGUAUGGAGCAAAUGAAGCGUUUUCAAGGUUUUCCUCCAAGAAAUAUAUGGAAAGAAACGACCAGAAAAGUCGGAAGACUACUUCAGUGUGAGUAAUUCAUAUUUCCGCACAGUCCCCUACACUUGUUAUGCUCGAAGCAUAUCUAUUUCACACGAACAGUUUAGAGUUCACACGAAUAGAAUCGAAACAUGUAGAAAAUGCCUAAAUGUAGGAGGUUGUACGGAAAUCUCACUGAAAUACAAAUUUACUUUAGAUAUAUUUAGUCUUUAUUUCGUAGGAAAUCAUUAUUCCCGAUUAGUGAAGGUCAGGGUCAAAUAUUGGCAUUCAAUCAAGAUCGUUGAAAAACCCCAAAAAAGCUAAGACAUGAAUAAGUUUCCGGCAAAUGUCUUUGUGUUGCUAUACCGUUGCAUUUGGUCAAGGCACAGUUCACUUUCAUAGCUGUGGAACAUUUAUCUUGGCUGUUGUUUUAGUAGACGGAUGGACGUUUUAUUAAUGACAGUGGGAGGGGAUAAGUGCAACAUAGCAAGUACCCCCUCCAUGUGUAAAAUUUAAAAAUACACCCCAAAAAUAUGUCUUACAUGAAAUAUGGAGUCGCCCUUUUCCUUUAAGUCUCAUGCCCUGUAGCCUGCGAACAGCAGAUGCAUUUCCGGUCGUCGCUUCUCUCCCCCCUUGGAAAAUAGCCUCUGCAAACCCAAGCAGCAAAACGAUUUCCCUGAUGUAAAACCUUUUUAGGCAAUCACGGUUUAGCUCUUAAAAUCGAGAAACUAACGCGCAAGACUUCUCGCAAGAUCAUGUGCGGUGGAUAUGUUUACGAGUUGAAAUUGAAAGGACGGCGUAGCUUGUGUAUAGCCACCCUUUUUCCUCAGAACGACGUGCUUACGAAACUUAAUUUGCUAGGAUUGUGGGACUGAUUGAUGAAAUAAGCAUCAAUAGGAUUCAUAUCGAAGAAAAGAUUAGAGGGGAUUUUUUAUUUAUUUGCCUAUGGAGUCAAUGAUUUAUCACACCUAGUUGUUUUGAUCAUAUUCGAAAUGAUAAAAGUCCUAAAUGACAGUAGAUGCAUCAUGCCAUGUGUUGCUUCUGUUCCUUUCCGGUCCCUGGCAGGAAAGUAUGCUUCAGAGAACUCUUCGAUAGUUUGUCGUGUGCCGCUUUAGAUAUUUUUUAGUAGAUAUCCUUUAGUUUUGAAAGCUAGGACGUGUGUUAAUUGACUUUCCAUGCGUGGGUGCUUCUUGGCUCAGACAGAACUUUAAUCAGAUCGAAAGCAUUUUGCAUUUGUUCUUAUUUUUCUUUAAAUACAUGUUCUUUGCAGGGUUUUAAUUUCCAUAGUUUUUUGUGAGAUGAGUCGAAGCGUUGUAGCUGAAAUGUCAUCUUGACUAUGAUCAAUUUACUGCUGUAACUAUUUAUUUCAUGCUGGGUCCGGCCCAAGUUUAUGAUAUUUCAGAUCAUUGUGUUGUGGCGAUACUAGAAUUAUUAUUGAGCGAUUGUCAGAGAUUUCCGAAUCAGUCUAGGAUGUGUCUGUAUAUUGAUUCACCACCUUUUGUCAGCACUUGUUAAAUUGAAAUAAAUAAGUCUGAGCGUGAUAUCAUUAAGCUAUGUCACUUUCCUUUCACUGUAGCGAUUAUUUUGUCCAGGUUUUGUUUAUGUCACGUACUACCGUAUUUUAUAAAGUGAAACCAAAGGCCCACAUCACAUACAUAGCUUAAGAAGCAGUUGCAUUCAAUGUUGCAGGAAACCUUGUUAUGGUUGUGAAAUUCAUGUUCCAAAGUGUAUUUGGUAACCCUCACCAAAAUCCAAGAGACUUCAGCACGCGAGGUCGCAAGGAGUCACUCGAGCUGUAUUCUAUCCUUUGAUCUGAUUGGCCAAUAGCAAAACAAAAAGGUUUUACGUCAUGGAAAUCGUUUUGCCGCUUGGGUUCGCAGAUGCUAUUUUUCUGAGGGAGAGAAGCGACGACCAGAAAUGCGUCUGCUGUUCACAGGCUACAUGCUCUGCUGCCCCUCUGUCAAUUUACCUAGAAUUGUGGUAAAAUCUAAGGCUUUAACAAUACAUCGAACUAUCAAUUAAUCGCAAUAUUAAUGCUGCGAUAGCCGUGGAUCGAUAGCAAAAAUAAAACAUAUAACAAUCGUGAUAGUGUAGAGAACUAUCCAUAGUUUCGAUAGUUUCCAUACUUCUAACAUUUUGAUUUCGUUGGAAAAAUAGAGGCUCCUUUUUUUUACCCAUCUUUGAUUCUUAAGGUGACAAUGAUAAAAAAGAAACUGAUAAAAAUGAUAAAAAACAAUCUACCACCCUACUGCACCUAGAAUGUUUUAGCAUCUUGAUUCUUGAACCAUAUUGUACCUGUAUUGCAUGACCACCACUUGUUAGUUAUUUCUGAAGUAUAAGGUAUUAAGUAAACACAGAUAUUCCUGAAAACUAUAGUUCAAAAUUAACUAUAGUUCAAAUUUGCCCAAAAGUCACCCCUAGUAAAAUCUGUAUCAGGCCUUUUCUCAGUGUUUUAUGGAAUGCUUGGUAGUUAAAUAUCACAACAACAAAAAAAGAAAACUGACGGAAACUAAAAUUGGCUGGGCAUGAGAAUUCACCACAGGUAAAACUGGCCGUCCCAUCAUAUUGAAUUUUUGGGUUAUGGCUGCAUUGAUACAUUGAAGCUUCAUCUUAACAGUGUGGCUACUAAGGUUGAGAAUCGUUAGUCUUCAAAAAAUGCUGUGAUUGGAUAGCCUGAGAAAACAGCCAUCAUUUCACCUUGCCACAGCUGAUUUCCCCCCGAAAUGAUGUCUGAGAAAUAAGCACAGAAAUUCCAUAAUGAAGACACAUCACUACCCAGAUCUGAGUGGUGCAAGCUAGUGCAUCUGAUAGAUCUCUCAGACAUCAUUUCGCAGGAAAACCAGUGGUGACUUUGUGAAAUGUUGGCUGUUUUCUGAGUCUAGUGAUUGGUUAGUGUUUGAGUGUUUUGGAGCCAAGUAUGAAUUUUGAUAAUUCUAAACUGACCUGUUGUUAUAUAUAUUGUCACCCCAUAGAUUUAUGUGUCUGGGCCAUUUGUAACUGCUUUUGAGAAUUGUGCUUGACCUACUCUGUGCAAAUUUCCAACACCCCACCCCACCCCUGUAACAAUAAUUAAUUAUAAAUAAUGAACAGGCCCGUAAAAUAAUGUUUUCUGCUUAGGGGAGAACUCUGGUGGUUGAGUUGAAAAUGAAAGAAAGAAAGAAGGUAGAAAAGGAUUGGGUCGCUAACCUAAUGGGCUUGGGAGAAUCUUGGUGGUGGUGGCAUCCUAUCUUAGAUUGAGUAUCAGGAACCCCUGUCUGGUUUUUGUUAGCCUGUCUGCCCGUGUUCUGUAGCUUUCCUUUUCAAUCGAGAGAGUAUAAUUGGACAGAGAGCAGGUCUGUGCCCUAGCAGAGCCCGGUGGCCCAGAAAAUCUUACUAUUUUCAUACAAAUCACGUGCUCGACACCUUUGAUUUUACAGGUUCAGAGCACCAAGCUCCCUUCAAUUUUCCUUAGAGCACAGCCUGGGAGAGGGAACCAUAGGGCGUUGGCUGGGAUAUGUGAAUUUCACUAAAGUUUUUUUUUGGAGGUUGUAAUUAAAAGUAAGGCUAAUUCCUGAGACGUCGGCACAUGUUACUCAAGUACUCAAAGCACCAAAUUCAAAAUAUCGUAAUUUUCUUCUGACAAUGCUGAAUAAAAGUUUGCGGACCUCUCUGGAAACCAACUUCCGAUCAUCUUAAAUGUUUAGUUGGUCUAAAAAUAACUUUGGUGAAUUAUGCCAAGGAAAAAAAGAAAAAAUAAUAAGCCUCCCGCUGAAGUUUUUGUCUGGCAGAAGAACUCUGUAUUAUAACUGCCCGUGUUGUCUCUCUAUUAAAAAAAAAAACAAAAAUUUGAACUUGGUCACUAAGUGCUGCGAUGAACCAUUUUUACGCAGCCAAUCAGAAGAAACUACUCAAAUGUAUGUACUUUUCAGUUUGAUAAUCCCUUAACCACAAGCGGCUCGCUACAGAGGUUUCUUCCGGAGCGUAUAAAACAAACCAUCUACGCUACUGACAAGCGAUGCGAACGACUUUUUAAACGCUAAUAGCCAUGCAAGAGAGAAACCUCAGCUCGCCUAGUGCGUAAGGCUUGAUCAACAAAUUCCUAUCUUAAUUCUUUGCAUUUUUAAUUUAGAUAUUUUAUAAAAUAAUUUAUUUUUGAUUUACAGUGUAAAUAAACGUUGUUGUUGUUAAGGCAUUUUUUUUUAAAUUAGGCCAUCCCCUCUUUUUUCUUCGUUUACCGUCGAAUGCUUUUCCUGAUAUUGGGUCGGUCGGUCGGUUUGAAGAAAAAACCUAAAAAAAAUUACAAGAAGUCUCGGAAUAGUAGGCCCUGGUACCCCAGGACAACGUUAAAAGUUUACAUUCACAUAUUUGGAUUAACGUCAUAGCCGUAACAAUAAGGUACUUCCGAUGACACAGCAGAUAAACAAAGUGGUAAAAUCUGAAAGUUCCUUUACGGAAAAAGUGAUAUCAAAAAUUUCCUUUUUGUAUAAAUCCAAGUACGUAUACUCGUAGAAAACGUAACGACUUCAUUUUCUCUUAAAGAUAUUUUUUUGUAAAAGCAAGGAUCGUGCGUUUUUGGCAAACGGCAAAAGCUCUUAAGCGAAAAUCAAAAGCACCAUUCUUAGUCCCCGCUUCAAACGUCCUGCUACUGCCGCUAAAGUGAAGAUCGGGCUCGACUUGCGCACAUCUUCCAGGACUUUAGGGCGACUCGGGUUUUAGACAUGAAAAUGACUUAAGUUAUAUAAUAAAACAGUUUGUAAAAUCUAUUCUGGCCUUAGCUUCUUCACUUGCAAGUGCAGCCAGUUGAGCCCCAGGUUUCAGUAUGAGUCGUGCUCCAGGAGGAUCUCAUGGCAUAUUGAAGGCGAAAGAUAAUGAGAAAGACCCUCAGAUAAUGAGGUCCCCGGUCUCAAAAAAAUUUGUUUUUUGGCCCUCGGGGGGGGGGGGACCGGGCUUCCCGGGCUCCUCCCCGGGAUCCGCCACUGAGGUGGUCUUAUCUCCCUAGAGUCUCCUGUAGCUUUAGUGGUAGUGCAUCUGGACCAAGAGAGAAAGAAACUGCCUAUUCCGGCAGUUGACAAAGCGAUUUUUAAUUUGUAUGUGCUUUCAUUUCAGACCAAUUCGCGCAGUCCUCUCUUUCUGCUGAAAAUUAGUAACCUGGGAAAUGGCUAUCGUUUUCGAAAGUUGGCUAAUGCUCCUUGGUACCUUUUUGCCAAAAAAGAGUUACAUAAUGAUAUAAUAAACGAUGAUUCAAUUGCUGGUUUUCAGUGUCACGCCAUUCAAAAUAUCAAAACCAUUCGACAGAUAAAGUCCAGAAUCUGGGAAAUGAAAGGAGGUAAAUAUACAAAGACCCUCGUCAAGAUUUGGGUCGAAGGAAUAAUUCGUAUACGAGAUAUCCGAGGAAAUGUUUUACCCAAAUUUAUAGAGCUUCAUGUAUGGAGACGCCAUGCUGGAGCUCAUCCGGAUGAGUUCCAACAUGGCGGACGAAAACCAACAGAAACAUCUGUUACCGAGUUUUGCUACAAAAGCGUGAAUUUACUCCUAGAGGAACUCAUAAACAUUAAAGUAAUACUUUUUUUAAUACUUGAACUGUUUAGCUGGCAAAAUUCCUCGAAAAAAGUCACUUUUUUAACCUAAAUGAUAGCUCUCUCGGCCGUCAUGUAAAUGCUGCGUCACGCAAAAGCUUAGAAAUUCAAGCGUAGUCUAUUACAAAAACCAAGAACCCUUUUGAAGCGAAAAUUUGUUUGAAACUUAGUUUUCAGCUGCUCUAAUACACCAUGAAAGUAUAUCAGUAGGAUCGAUAGUUUUCAGGUGAGUUUUGUAGUUUGAAUUCUAGUGACGUCAUGUGAAAACCAACAAUUUACAGGAUGGGAAAAAGCUUUUUACACACAAGCUUUCGAUUCCCUAGCGGAAUCUUUAUCAUGGGAUGGAUUUGGGCGUUAUGUCAUAUGAUUUACACUGUAAAAAACGUGACAAAACGUCUCGAUAGAUUGCGGAGAACUCGCAAUCAGCGUCUCUGCUGAUUGUUGGAGCCCGACAAAAUAUUUCGAUGGCCUCCCUAACUCUUCUUUUGAACGUGUCCCCCUCCCUCCGUUAUUGACGCCCUUGUUAUUGACGCCCGUGUUUCUUGAAUCUCAUUCCAAAAGGACUAGCCGUCUCCAUAAUAUAGAAAUCAUCACAGCCUUCGCACUAAACUUCCACAUUUCUCGUUUCCCUGGGUCUCGGAUCUUUAAGGUGGACCAAAUCAGUGGCGGAUCUGGACCUUCAGAUAAGGGGGGGGGGGGGCCGGGGGGGGGGGGCCGGCCACCUGCCACCGGGGUAAGGACAGGGGGUUGCCGGGCCGGGGCCCGGCCCAACAAAUUUUCUCUAGGCCCUCGGGGCUCUCGUAUGGCGCGGUCAGUGGGGGAGGGGGGGACCGGACACCUCCCUUGGAUCCGCCACUGAAAAUGCUGCCAGAUGGUGUUAAAAGGCUUGUUGAAUGUGCCAACUCCUUAUUUUUUGAAAACUUUUGUACGCUUUUCUGAAACUCCUUGCAAGUAGCAAAGUGAGACACUGUGAGCACUAUCGGAGACGACUUUAGCUUUAAUUUUGUACCUGUCUUUGGCGAGAUUCUAAACAUCCACUGUUUGUAGCUGUUGUGUUGAAGGACUGAUUUAAGAUGUUUCAAUUCAAUACUUCCUUGUCCUUGCAUUGUCUUCCGUGAUAACCGUCUAUCAAUGAAAGAGAGUUCUCACUAUCGAUCGUUUGUGUUCCAGACUGUGAUUUGAUCUAACAGUCACACGGGCCAGAAUCUGGUUUCCUAUGACGUGUCUCCAACGUUGAACAGAGAUGCUGGUUACGAGUUCCACACGGUCUAUAGAGACUUUUUGUCACGUGAAUCACAGCGCAAGUCAGUGACAAAACGCCCAAAUCCAUCACUUGAUAAAGAUUCCUCUAGAGGAUCGAAAGCUUGUGUGUAAAUCGUUUUUUUUAAUUUAUCCUGUAAAUUGAAUCGUCGUUUAUUAUAUUCCUUGUUACCUGUAUGUAACUAUAUAUAUUCUUAACCCGUAUUAAGAUCAGACUGAAAACGUUGUGAUAUGUACAUGUUCUUUCAUUAUAGUCGGAUCAUUCAAGUGCUAUCAAUGUAUGCGAAGAGAUCAAAGCUUCACAGAAGAGCAAUGCGAAGAAAACCAAAAUGAGGUGGAGUGUCCCAAGAAAUCGAAAUACACUUGUUUUAAGCGGCAUAUCAUUAAGGAGGACAACACAAGAACAGAAGAACGAGGCUGUAGACUAUUAAGCGACUGCGAGGCAAUGAAGAAAAAGUGUGAGGACGAAGCCAAGAGGGAAGAAGAAGGAAUAAAAGAAUGCGGAGUGGCUUGCUGCGAAAGUGAAGGCGACAAACCAUGCAAUGGUGCCAUUACGAUCUUUGUUGUUGACAGAUUAUUGAUGGUAAACGUGGCAGUCAUUUUCAGCUUAAGAUUGCUAUAA